GUUACAUAUUUUUAAAAAAGUUUGCAAGGGCUAGUUUUUCCCUUUUGCCUUGGCGUUAAAUAUAUUAACCAAUUAAUUAACCAACCAACUUUUUAAAGCUCGAGCAUCAUGUACGAUAUGGAUGAUACAUAAACCAUUCCCGCAUAUAUAAAGGUUUCAAGGCAUAAACCUUUCUUCAUGGGCCUAUUACGCCCAACGGCACACAUUCAAUUCUUCACAGCAAUACGGGAAAAUAGCGAGUAACGAAGUAUUAUGCCUUGACGUACUUCUCAACAUGACGAAGCCGGAAUUUCCCGAUUUCAGCGUCCAGGAUGAUGAUGACGCAGCAAAGAUUCUAGAGGAACUGUUCAAUCUUUCCGACUAUGUCAAUGAUCUUGAACCUUGGGAGAUUCUGUCUGACGAUGCGGAAAGUACGCUUAUCACAGCUCUCAACUGGAUACCGUACGCAAUACGCCAACUUAAUGACGCCAGGGUCAGGCUCGUCAAUACUAACGAGGGGGCAUGGUAUGAUGUCCAUACUGCAUUAAAUCUCUUACGCAUCUUCCAACCAAAAAUCGAAAGUGUCCUUGAAUAUAAUGAAGAGCUGAAGGAGGAGGCAAAAGAGAAAGAGGAGCAAGGUGAAAGGCAAGGGAGUUAGGGUCAAGCUCUUCAUGGUGAUAGCUUUUAGUGUAUUUACC